UCCAAGAAACCCCAGCAUGGACCGUCUGGCGCGCUACAUCGAGACCGCUCGCUCCGUCUACGACCUCGACAAGGUGUCGUGGCACGACGCAGUCCUCGAGGGCCUCUACUCCCGCGUCUUGUACUGGACGUUGGCAGGCUACGCGCUCGCGGCCAUCCCGCUCUUGACGUGGCAUCUGAACAAGGGCCGGCGGCAGCUCGUGGUGCGCGUCGCCUGCUCGGUCGCGUCUACGUGUGUGGCUUUGGCGCUUGGCGUCUGCAUCGACGACGUCCGCGAGCAGAUCUUCUUUGUGCUCGGGCUCGUCGUCGGCGCCUUCUGCACCGUCCUGCACUGCGAGAUCGCCGAGAUGGUCCGCGAGCACUUGAACACUUUGACGAAAUCAAAAAACGACUAAGAUCGAAGUUGGCUCCAUGGUGCGCUUCGAGCCACUAUA